AUGUGUUCGUUGGGUCGUUGGUUAUAUCGUGGCAAGGCGUUUGCUUCGAUAUCCAGUUGCUUUCGACAGCCGACAGUUUGGGCUUCACAUAAAGCAUCGAAAGCAGCAAAACCUCUGAGUGGGCAGAUAGCUUUGGUAACCGGCGGUGCACGAGGUGUUGGUAGAGGUAUCGCAUUGCAACUUGCUGAAGCUGGUGCAACCGUAUAUAUUUCGGGACGGAAACCGGGUUCAGUCCCUCGCGUACCUACUUUGCAUGAUACUGUCAAUGAAAUUUCAAGCAAAGGUGGUAAAGCUGUUGCAAUUUAUUGCGAUCACAGUAAGGAUGAUGAAGUUAAAGAGCUAUUUGAAAAAAUUGCAAAGGCUGAAAACAAUCGAUUGGAUUUUCUGGUCAAUAAUGCCUUCUCAGGAGCCACUGCAAUGGAAAAAAAUGUUGGUAAAAAAUUCUUCGAAUGUCAGCCAUCAUUUUGGGAUGAAAUAAACAGUGUUGGUUUGCGAAACGUUUAUAUUUGUUCAGUAUUAGCAUCACGCAUGAUGGUCGCCCGUCAAAAGGGAUUGAUUGUGAAUAUCAGCUCACCGGCAGGCGUACGCUAUUUUUUCAAUGUACCCUACGGAGUGGGUAAAGCAGCAAUUGAUAAAAUGUCUGCGGAUAUGGCCGAAGAGCUAAAGGAUUAUAAAGUGGCGGUGGUAUCACUAUGGCCUGGAACAGUGAAAACUGAAAAUUCAUACGAUUGGUUGAGAUCUGGAAUGCUGAGCCAACUUACGAAAAUAUCUCAGAUCCAAUUAGAGGGUAUGAUAGAAAAAGGAGAAACUCCCGAAUUUGUUGGACGAGGCGUGGCGUGCUUGGCCUGUGAUAAUCGGGUAUUAAGGAAAACUGGAUGUAUACUUUUAACGGGUGAUCUGUGCGAUGAAUACCUGUUUCUUGAUAAUGAUGGAAAAAUCCCUUCAAAUAUGAGGAGCGUAAGCGUUGUAUUGGAUUUUUUUGGAUUCAAAGCAGUGGCGAAAUUAAUACCAAGCUUCUUGAAAAUUCCAGCCACAUUUCUUCAUUUGUCGUCUAAUAAAUUUUAUAAGCUCUAA